AUGUCGAAUACAACAAUGACAUCAACAGCAUUUAUAGCUUACAAUUUUAUUUCACUCAUCGGAACUAUAUUUAUUGGUCUUAUAUGUAUAUUCAUGCUUAGUGUGCUCUUUUCAUCAAUUAAACGCAAACAUGAUGUAGUUUUCAUUUUGGUUGCUAAUAAUUAUUUAGCUUUAUUGGCUUUUGCACUUACAGCCAUACCAAUUAAUAUUGAUACAGUUCGAGGUGAUUAUAAUUUUUAUAUUGCUGAGGAAACAUUUGGUUGUCGUAUUCAAGCAUAUAUACUUUAUUCAUUCAUAACAAUCAUUUUUAAUACUUUUGCGUUACAGGCUGCUUUUCGUUUCUUUCGUGUGGUCUCUCCUUCUUAUGUAUGGCUACAAUAUGGUCUUACGUACGCUGUGAUUAUUCCAAUUUUAUGGAUCUUUUCGUUUCUGUCUGUUUUGCCAGUUCAUUUUUGGCAUGAUAUACAACUUAUGCCUACGGAAAGUAUCUGUGUUCUAACUAUUGAUGGUACUCGUGGAUUUAUUUGGUGUACGUUAAUUGUUUAUGGUCUACCAGUGGUCAUAACGUCUAUAAUUUAUAUACAACUAACGCAAUUUAUGCAUCACUCAUCAAUGACUGUUUCAUUACGAGCUAGACGUGAUGUGAUCGUAAUACGUCGCAUUGUAUUAGUUAUCAUUAUAUUAAUGCUAAUCGGUGCUCCUUCUGUCGUGUUGAAAUUAAUAUUACCUUUUACUGAUUUAGGAAAAUCAUUUUUUUAUCGUAUGUCAAAUAUGACUAUAGUCAUUGUUAUGCUCGCUCUUAGCUUUAUGCUUGUUUAUGUCACUCCUCAAGUUAAAGAAAUGCUAAUGGCCAUAAGAAAGUCAAAUAAAGUAACUCCUACAUAUACAAGAAAAUUUUUUGUAGAUACUACAAUCAUCAAAAAUUAA